UUUCUCAGUGUUUCGUUGAAAGCGUUUCGCAGAAGAGAGAAAAAGAGAGAACCCAUUUCUGGAGACAUGUCUUCCUCCUUCGACGCCUUCACCGUCGACGACGACCACUUCGCCGCCUCCGACACCUUCUCCGGCUACGCCGACUACUCCACCUUCUCCGCCGACGACAUCCCCGUCGAUCACGCCGCGCCGCCGUCGCCGGAGAUCUUCGGCUUCACCGAUCCCGAUCCAGGUUACUCCCAGUCUCCCUUCGAGCCUGUGCACGGAGUCGAGAAUGGCAACGAGAAUGGCACCGAUAACGGCUACGGCAACGGCGUUUUUGUCUCCGACGGCCCGGUGCUUCCGCCGCCGGGAGAGAUGGAGCCGGAUGAAGGUUACGCUCUCCGUGAGUGGCGCCGUCAAAAUGCUAUUCUGCUUGAGGAGAAGGAGAAAAGGGAAAAAGAAAUGAGAUUGAAGAUUAUUGAGGAAGCUGAGGAGUAUAAGGUGGCUUUCUAUGAGAAAAGAAAGCUUAAUGUUGAGACUAACAAGGUUCAAAACAGAGAAAGGGAAAAGUUAUACUUGGCUAAUCAAGAGAACUUCCACAAAGAGGCUGACAAAAAUUACUGGAAAGCUAUUGGUGAGAUUAUUCCUCGUGAGGUUCCCAAUAUUGAGAAGAAAAGAGGCAAAAAGGAUCAGGAAAAGAAGCCAUCAAUCACGGUCGUCCAAGGCCCAAAGCCUGGCAAACCCACAGAUCUUUCUAGGCUGAGACAGAUACUGUUGAAGCUGAAACACACACCCCCACCUCACAUGAUUGCCCCUCCUCCUGCACCUGCUAAAGAUUCCAAAGAUGGGAAGGAUGGAAAAGAAACUGCACCAAAAGCAAAUGGAUCUGCACCAGAAGCUGCACCUGGAUCACAACCAAAGGAUGCCACCACUAAUAACGGUACUGCAGAUUUACCCCUGAACGAAGCUUCACCCCCUGAGGAGCAAUCAUCUACAUAAUUCUUCUUUUCAUACUCCAGCUCUUGCAGUCUUUCCCUCCACAGCUCUUUACGGAUUCUUUUGUCAUGCUAUUAGUUUUUAUGGGUUUUUGGUUUGCAUUUUGAUUUCCAACGUUGAGGUUUUGUACCAAUUAUAUCCUUUAUUGACUUUUAUAUGACCUUGGAAAUUCAAAUGUUCAUGGGUUUUUUUUUAAUACAUCAUUUGAAAAUAAGAGUAUUUUUAUUUUAUUUCUA